AUGGUGGCUGUCCUCGCGGGAGAGUCGGCCAUUUCGGCCAAGCGCGCUGAGCUCUCUGGCAAGAAUGGCAUCAGCGGUCUGCUCAGUAACAAGAAGACCACAGCCAUUGGUCUUUUCGCGUCGCUGGGAGGUUUGGUGUAUGGAUAUAACCAGGGAAUGUUCGCCCAGGUCUUGACAAUGCCGGCAUUCCAGAAAGCUACUCAAGAUUACGCCAAAGAGACCGGUAUUAAACAGGGUAUGCUCACAUCGAUCCUCGAACUUGGUGCCUGGGUUGGAACGCUGGCAAACGGAUAUCUCGCCGAUGCACUUGGCCGUCGUCUUACUGUUUUGGUUGCCGUGGCUGUCUUCUGCGUUGGUGUUAUUGUCCAGGCUUGCACCCAGAGUCCCGACUAUGUGUUUGGAGGUCGCUUCGUGACCGGUCUUGGUGUCGGUAGUUUGAGUAUGGUUGUACCUCUGUAUAACGCUGAGCUGGCUCCGCCAGAAAUCCGUGGCUCGCUGGUUGCCGUCCAGCAACUCGCUAUCACAUUUGGAAUCAUGGUCUCCUUCUGGAUUGGUUAUGGAACAAACUAUAUUGGUGGAACGGGGUCAACCCAGUCUGACGCCGCCUGGUUGGUCCCUGUUUGCAUUCAAAUCCUGCCCGCUGUCAUCUUGGCCGUUGGUAUGAUGCUGUUCAUGCCUCAGUCCCCACGUCAUCUGAUGAAUACCGGCCGUGAGGAAGAGUGCCUGCAGACGCUCGCCCGCCUGCGUGGCGCAAGCACUGACGACCUGCUUGUUCGCAUUGAGCACCUUGAAAUCAAGAGCUUGUACCUCUUCGAGCGCGAGACUGCUGCCGAGAAGUACCCCCACUUGCAGGAUGGCUCAUUCUCCAGCAAUUUCAAGAUCGGAGUGUAUGACUAUAUGUCCUUGAUCACUGAUAAGUCUCUCUUCAAGCGCACUGCAACUGCCUGCAUGAUCAUGGUUUUCCAACAAUGGAAUGGUAUCAACGCUAUUAACUACUACGCUCCCUUCAUCUUCAAGGACAUGAACCUCGGCGGCAACACUAUCGCUCUCCUCGCCACCGGUGUCGUUGGUAUCUUCGAAUUCGUCUUCACCAUCCCUGCCGUCCUCUGGGUCGACAAGGUCGGACGUAAGAAGAUCCUGAUUGCCGGUGCCAUCGGAAUGGCUUCCUGCCACUUCAUCGUUGCAGGUAUCAUCGGUGCUUACCAGCAUACCUUUGACGAGCACAAAGCCGCCGGAUGGGUUGCCAUCGCCUUUGUCUGGAUUUUCAUCAUCAACUUCGCCUAUUCAUGGGGACCUGUUGCAUGGAUUGUUACUUCCGAGGUAUUCCCGCUCAGCAUGCGUGCCAAGGGUGUCAGUAUUGGUGGUUCCAGUAACUGGCUGAACAACUUCGCCGUCGGUACCGCCACCUCUCCUUUCCUCCAGACCAGCAACUUCGGUGCUUUCAUCUUCUUCGGAGCCAUCACUACCAUCGCUGUGUUCUAUGUCAUCUUCCUUGUCCCCGAGACUAAGGGUCGCACCCUCGAGGAGAUGGAUGAAUUGUUCGGAUCCGUUGGUCUCGCCGCUGCCGAUACUGGACGCAAGGCCCGCAUCGAAAGAGAGAUCGGUCUUCUUGCCCUUGUCGGUGUGGAGGAGCCCGUUGAUGAGAAGCACGGCGAGGUGUCGCAGCACACUGAGGCUGCUGCUCCUGCUUCUAAGGAGUAA